AUCCGCCCGCCUCUGCCUCCCGAGUGCUGGGAUUAAAGGCGUGCGCCAGCACCGCCCGGCAUGUGCCAGUUCUUAACUCACGGGGAGUCUGCUUCUAGUCUGCGUCCGGCCGCUGGGCACGGAGUAUGUUUUAGGGUCGGGUCCAUUCUUGUCUGUCCCGGUUGGUUCCUGCAGUGCGGCUCCUGCCUGUAACACCUCUUUCAGCUGAGGAUUCAUCUUCGGCCUCCACUCCAGGCAGCCCUCUCUCAUCCACUGAAUAUGAACGUUUCUUCGCCCUGCUGACCCCAACCUGGAAGGCAGAGACCACCUGCCGCCUCCGUGCAACUCACGGCUGCCGGAACCCCACUCUCGUCCAGUUGGACCAGUAUGAAAACCACGGAUUGGUACCAGAUGGCGCUGUCUGCUCCGACCUCCCGUAUGCUUCCUGGUUUGAAUCCUUCUGCCAGUUUGCUCAGUAUCGUUGCUCCAACCAUGUCUACUAUGCCAAGAGGGUCCGGUGCUCCCAGCCAGUCUCCAUCCUCUCUCCCAACACUCUCAAGGAGAUAGACUCUCCCCCAGAAGUUCCUGCCACCACCAUGACAUCCCCCAUGGCAUCCCAUGCCACAGCCACGGAACGCCAGGCCUUCCAGCCGUGGCCUGAGCGGCUCAACAACAACGUGGAGGAGCUGCUUCAGUCGUCCUUGUCCCUGGGUGGCAAGGAGCAGCAGGGCGGCCACAAGCAGGUGCAGGGGCAGCACAAGCAGGAGCUAGUACAAGAUCAUAAACAAGAGGCCGGGCAGGAGCAGGAGGAGCAGGAGGAGGAGGAGGAGGAGGAGGAGGAGGAGACAAAGCAGGAGGAGGGGCAGGGGACAGAGGAAGGCCUGGAGUCAGUGUCCAACCUGCAGUCCUACUCGGAGCCCAAGUUUCAGUCCGAAUCUCUGCCUUCCAACCCUUCCUCCUUUACUCCCCGGGUCCGAGAAGUGGACUCUGCUCCACUGAUGAUGGAGAACAUCCAGGAGCUCAUUCGGUCAGCCCAAGAAAUGGAUGAAAUGAAUGAACUGUACGAUAACUCCUGGAGAAGCCAAAGCACCGGCAGCCUCCUGCAGCUGCCCCACACGGAGACCAUGAUGGUGCUAUGCUAUUCCAUUAUGGAGAAUACCUGCACCAUGACUCCCACAGCCAAGGCCUGGAGCUACAUGGAGGAGGAGAUCCUUGGCUUCGGGGAUUCGGUCUGUGACAGUCUUGGACGGCGACACAUAGCUGCCUGUCCCCUCUGCGCAUUCUGCUCCCUGAAGCUGGAGCAGUGCCAUGCUGAGAGCAACGUGCUGAGACAGCAGUGUGAUGCUUCCCACAAGAUACCCUUCAUCAGCCCCUUCCUCUCAUCCCAGAGCAUAUCCACUGGCAACCAGGCGAGGAUCCCAGACAAAGGCCGCUUUGGUGGGCUGGAUAUGUACGGAGGGCUCAGCUCUGACUUCUGGUGUAACCGGCUUGCCCUGAAGGGCUGUGAAGAUGAGCGCGUCUCCAAAUGGCUCAAGGCUGAGUUCCUCAGCUUCCAGGAUGGGGAUCUCCCCACGAAGAUUUGUGACACAGACUAUGUCCAGUACCCAAACUACUGUUCCUUCAAAAGCCAACAGUGCCUGAUGAAAAACCAGAAUCGGAAGGUAUCCCGCAUGAGAUGUAUGAUGAACGAGAACUACAACGUGCUGAGCCCUGCUAAAAGUGAGGAGGUUAUCCUCCGAUGGAACCAAGAGUUUAACACUCUGGCUCUAGGCCAGUUUGGAUGAGCUGGGGUCUGUGAUGUCCUCACCCCAGCCCUGCCUCUCCACUAAUUUCUCCAUCGCUCUUAGACCUCAUCUGUCAGUCAGCCUCCAGGUGCUCCUCACAGGCCUCUUACCUGGCCCCUACUCACAUCUUCCUUGGGUUGGGACAGCAGUCUCAAAGAGAGGUCCUUGAUGGGAGCUGCAUGUGCCUUGAAGAAUACCUUCAAAUAAAAUGUUUAUCU